UGUUUUGAUCAUCGGAUAAGUUCCGUGGUUAUCCCAUUGGCCUUGCUUCUACACAUGCACAACUAUAUAUAUUAAAUACAUGUAUAUGUAAUUCUUCAAUCGUCUUUUCAAUCAUUCUCGCUAGCUCGUAUUAACGUCGACACCUUUGUGUUUGGAUUGUUUGAUCAGAGGCGGCGUCGUGUUUUUCUUUUAUAUAUAUUCUCUCCCUAUCUUAGGAAUUUUUUUUCUUGGGAAAAUGAAGGAAAACGCAGGAAACCCAUUGCAUCUCACGUCACUGAACCACGUCUCUCUCUUGUGCCGAUCCGUCGAUGAAUCUAUGAGCUUUUACCACAAGGUGUUAGGGUUCAUCCCGAUUAGAAGACCUGAAUCCUUAAAUUUUGAAGGAGCUUGGUUGUUUGGUCAUGGAAUUGGAAUACACCUCCUGCGGUCUCCAGAACCAGAGAAACUUCCUAAGAAAACUGCCAUUAAUCCCAAGGAUAAUCACAUUUCUUUCCAGUGUGAGAGUAUGGGAGCAGUGGAGAAGAAGCUGGAGGAAAUGGAGAUCGAGUAUGUGAGGGCGCUAGUAGAAGAAGGAGGGAUCCAAGUGGACCAGCUCUUCUUCCACGACCCUGAUGGCUUCAUGAUCGAGAUCUGUAACUGUGACAGCCUCCCCGUAGUUCCCCUUGUAGAAGGAAUGGCUCGGUCUUGCUCAAGAGUCAAACUCCACCAGAUGGUGCAGCCACAACCGCAGCAGACUCAUAUCCACCAAGUGGUCCAUCCUUAGGCGCAUCUCUGUUGUGUUUGUGUGUGUGUAUUAAUAGUGUGCUUGAUUUGAGUGUAAUCAAUAAGAGACCGAUGUGAAUCAGCGAAUGUGAUUCCCUUCGAGGAAAUGACCAUUCAAUUUGCUCCACAUGCUAAAUAAUAUAACCAAGGGCAAUAAUGCUUAUAUAUGGUUUUGUGCAAUGCAACCAAGAAAAUGCUUUA